CAACAAUUGACCAUCCAACGAACAAUUCUCAGAUAACAUGUCCUUUCGCGGUACUCCUCGAGGCCGCGGUGGUGGUUUCGGCGGUCGAGGUGGAUUUGCUCCUCGUGGAGGUUCAUAUGGAGGGGCGUACUUGCACCAUCUGUCUUCCAGCGUAGCUAACUCCUCCACAGGCCGUGGCGGCGCAGCCCAGUCAUUUGGCCCUCCAGAUCAAGUAUAUGAAAUGGGCAAGUUCGUACAUGCGGUUGAAGGCGAGAUGUUCUGCGAAUCGAUAAAUCCUAAGCUCCCAUACUUCAACGCGCAGAUUUUCCUUGAGAGCAAGACUGCUGUUGGCAAGGUUGACGAGGUCCUGGGCCCGUUGAACCAAGUUUUCUUCACAAUUAAACCUUCCGAGGGCAUUCAAGCUACAUCAUUCAAGCCGGGCGAUAAAUUCUACAUCGGAGGAGACAAGCUUCUACCAUUGGACAGAUUCAUCCCGAAACCCAAAGGACCACCUGGAGCACCCAAGCCCAAGCGAGUCGGUGGUGGCCGAGGAGGGGCUAGGGGUAGAGGCGGGUUUGGAGACAGGGGAGGACGGGGUGGAAGAGGGGCACCUCGGGGGCGGGGUGGAUUUGGCGGUCGGGGCGGAGGUGCUUCCCGAGGCUUUGGAGGAAGAGGUGGUGGUGGAUUCUCAAGGGGCGCUCCAAGGGGAGGAGGUGGCAGAGGGUUCGGACGGGGUCGAGGCUAGACACUCUCUUUCCAUCGUCAGAGAGGAGCUUUGUCCGGCUUUUCAUAUACCAGGGUCACAGGACGGCGUUCCGGGGCGGGUCUGAACCUUUUUCCCACUGUAAAAUUUCCGGCAAGCUUCCGUGAGCUUCGAAGGAUAGCAAUGGCUAGAUAUUUAAUCAUAUGCUGCCACCCCACGGCAUACUGAAUAAAAGUCAAGCUCAUCUUUGAGCCUGUUUCUAGGAUAUGCGAG